AAAAGGCUGGCCGUUGCAGGGGCAGACCACCUCCCAUUCGCUUCCCACUGUCCGCCAGCUCUUCCGAUCCCACAUGGGCGUUCCGCAGACGACGACCCCGUGCGAGAGACAAGAAGCGGGCGAGAGAGGAUGGCGGAGCGAGGAAGACUCGCGCGCGGCGAUGAAUGCGGAAGAUGGAGAGAAAGAAAGAGGGGGUUCGGAGAAAAAAGACUUCGGAACGAGGGUUCGCGUUUGCUCGCCGUGGGAGAAUUGGAUCCUCGUGACGCGUAAGCCCUCCCCUCGAUCUCCACACCGCGGCUCCAAUGGCGAGAAUCCGCACAUUGUGACGGGUUUCGCGUCGCCGCGCUUGAUCGAGGCUGGGAAGUUGAACCACAAGUAGCAGAUGGCCUCUCCUCCCAGCAGUGAGAAUGUGACACAAUGUAAAACAUGUCGCUGCGGAGAGGGGGAUACCAAUCUCUUGACCACAAGGGCCUCUGACAAUCCUGACAAACAGACAUAUAAAUGUCCUAAUUGCGAUGUUUUCAAGAGCGGGUCACUUCUCGUUUCAUCUAAAGGAAUAGGUUGGACAUCAUGGAAGAAACGUUGGUUUGUCCUUACACGUACAUCAUUGGUCUUUUAUAGAACUGACCCUGCUACCCUCCCUGAAAAAGGAAGUGAAGCAAAUCCUACCCUUGGUGGUAUUGACUUGAAUAGCUCAGGAAGUGUUGUGGUGAAAGCAGACAAAAAGCUUCUGACAGUGCUCUUUCCUGAUGGCCGUGAUGGACGAACUUUUACCUUAAAGGCAGAAACUUCCGAGGAUCUGUAUGAAUGGAAAGCUGCAUUAGAGAAUGCUUUAGCUCAAGCACCUAGUGCAGUUCUUGCAAUGGGACAGAAUGGAAUAUUCAACAAUGAUGUAACUGAUUCAGUUGAAACUUCAAAUGAUAAAUGUGGGGAUAGGGAACCUGAGAAAUCUACCAUAGUUGGCAUGCCUAUCCUGCUUGCGCUUGAAGAUAUUGAUGGAAGCCCAUCUUUUUUGGAGAAGGCCCUAAGGUUUAUCGAACAACAUGGUAUCAAGGUGGAAGGAAUAUUGCGGCAGUCUGCCGAUGUUGAAGAGGUAAAACGCAGAGUUCGAGAAUAUGAACAGGGAAAAGUUGAAUUUUCACCAGAUGAGGAUGCACACGUUGUUGGUGACUGUAUCAAGUAUGUGCUGCGAGAGAUGUCAGCUUCUCCAGUUCCUGCUUCUUGUUGUACUGCACUGGUUGAAGCAUACAGAACUGAUCGUGGAAGAAGAGUUAAUGCUAUCCGCUCUGCCAUAUAUAAAACUUUCCCGGAGCCUAGUCUUCGUUUGAUGCAGAGGAUUCUCAAGAUGAUGCAAACAGUGGCUUCCCACAAGUCCCAGAACCGGAUGUCACUAUCGGCUUUAGCAGCUUGCAUGGCCCCAUUACUUCUCCGUCCUCUUCUUGCUGGAGAUUGUGAAUUUGAAGAUGACUUUAAUAUGGGUGGAGAUGGUUCUAUUCAACUUCUAAAAGCUGCUGCAGCUGCCAAUCAUGCUCAAGCUAUAGUCAUAAUUCUGUUAGAGGAGUUUGACAAAAUGUUUGAUGAGGAUCUCUUGCAUGAGGGCUCAGCAUCAUCAGAUCCUUAUUCUGAUUCUGAAGGUGAUCUUGAAGAUGAUGUUUCAACUGAUAAUGACAUUCCAGAAGAUCAUGAUGAGCAUGACAGCAAUGAUGACUUGACUGAUAAUGACAUUACUGAAGAUGAUGGAUAUCAUGAUGAGCAUAACAGCAACGAUGAUUAUUCGGAUAAUGACAUUCCAGAAGAUGAUGGAUAUGGUGAUGAGCAUAAUGGCCUUGAAGCUGAUAUAGAUGAUGAUUCUGAAAAUUCAUGCAGUGAAACAAAUAGUGAAAGCCACAGCAACAUUGGAAAUGAUCCGUAUGAUAAUGAGCUCAUAGACAAUCAGAAAAGAGGUGGUGCAUCUCUUCAAGAACAUCAAAAGUCAUCACAAAAAUCUGAUAUUCAAAUUCCUGGUGAUUCUAGCAUACAGAAACAUGAAACCUUGCUGCACGAUAGUGAUGAUGGAGAAGGUGCAGAUAAGCCAAACAAACUAGUCGUCUCCAUAAAACGACCUGCUAUUUGGGGGCGCACUCCUGCAAGAAAGAACCUUUCCAUGGAGUCAAUUGACUUAAGCGAAGAUGAGAAUGCUAUUCAAAGGCUUGAGAACACUAAGAAUGACUUACAAAAUAAAAUUGCCAAGGAGGUAAAAGGGAAUGCAGUUUUGCAAGAGAGUUUGCAAAGACGAAAGGAAGUUUUGCAUGAGCGCCGUUUAGCUCUUGAACAAGAUGUAGAAAGAUUGCUUGAGCAAUUACAAAAUGAGCAAGAUUUUAGAGCAUCUUUGGAGAAUGGACUAAUGAACACGCAACCUGGGAAUGCAUCUCUUGUUUCUGCUAUGGAUAGCAAGACAAGGGCAGAUCUAGAGGAAGUUGCUCUUGCUGAAGCAGAUAUAGUUAUUUUGAAGCUGAAAGUUGAUGAUCUUCAUGGACAGCUUAACAAUCAGCUAAAACGAAGCUGUGUUUCCUUAUGUGAGUCAUGCAGCAGACAACUUCAUAUUAGUGAUCAUUCUGGAGAGAAAACUCAGUUGGAAGAUGUUAGGAGUAUCAAUCUUGUUGAUCAACACAACAAGUUUUUGAAACAAGCAGAGGACGCUUUGUCUGGAGUAGCCCAUGAGGCCAAGCCAGUAAAAGAGCAAGAGCUACCUUUUUCAGAAGUCACAGAGCCUUCUCUCGAUAAAAAAAGUGAUCCCAUUUGCCAGAAUGCUAUUGGCUUGGGCACUAGAAGUUCUUCAUCCACUGAGGACUCACUUUCAAAGUUCUCCAAGCAGUUCCAAACGAGGCAAAGUAAUUCAGAGACUCCAGUUAGCUGCAUCUCAUACAGUGAGCGUAAUGCUGACUGUGAGAAUGUAGAAACCCAACCCCGAGAAUCAGUGUCACCAUCAGAUGGGCAGCCGUCUGAGAAGCAAAGAAUAGACAUAGCAAAUCAAAGCCGUAAACUAUCUAAGGGACUUGGUAACGAUCCAUCUACUGAAGAGUCUGCGAGAGUUGGCCAAAUUACUGCUUCGAAGAACUUCACUUUGGGCUGUGAAGAUGUGAAUCAAGCCCAAGAUUCCUCUUUACCUGGGAAACAGUCCUUGCUCAAUCAGUGGCCAACUAAAACAGCAUUGGAUAGUUUGAGAUCUCAGACUUCUGCUAGUGUUUCAUCUUCUGAGCCCAGUGGAGUUGCAAAGAGACUCUCUUCCAGACCUGAGGAAACUGUCUCUUCAACAGCAUCUGCACUUGCUAAGUUGACAAACCGCCUAAACUUACUGAAGGAACGUCGUGCCCAACUAGCAAAUGAGCUUCAAAUUAUGCAUAAUGGUCAGGGUUCAGGUGCUUCUUCCAUGUGAUGAUGAUAAUUGCUCCUCUCAACUUGGUGAAUUCCCUUGAAGGCUCAGGAUCAUGUUGUCCUGACGUUUGUGUAAGCUGGAUGCUUAUAUUUCAUCUCUGCUUCCGAGAAAUUACCAAUGGGAAUACGAGGUUUGUGAUAAUACCUGCGUGAAAACAAUUCCAGUGUUGGGUAGUGACCGAAGACAGUCGAGCACUCUGUUCCAUAGGGAGGGGCGCUUCCAUAAUCCUAUUGUCUCUACCUUUUCAUGAUUGUCUUCUGACCACAUGCUUCAAAAACAAUUUUCUAAUUAAUUUUGUUUAAUAAAUCUCAUGCUCUGUCUGCACUUUCCUCGUUUGUUUUGCUUCUCGGCCAUCUUCAUGAAACAUAAUCUGGAGUAAUUGAGCUUGUAAUCUUCCAUCAACAUAUUGUUCUAUCUCAUGGCUUUGCUGGUUAUCCAGUAGCUAGGCAUGAUAUCGAACUUGCUGAAUUUUAGAGGUAGAAUGCUG